CUCGAUCCUACCCGUUCCUUCCUUUCCCCCGACCCCUCGUUCCAGGCCAGGUGUUCGACGAUAGGGUCUCGUCAUGGCCGUUGCUGUCACGAUGGACAACACCUUCGGUGCUACCUUUAUAGGACUCGUGGCGUCCGCAAUAUUAUUUGGCAUCUCCAAUUUGCAACUGUAUUACUACUACAACCGAUACGAAAACGACAGCAGAUCGCUCAAGGCAGCUGUCGCCUUUGUAUGGAUAUUGGACGCGCUCAUCCUCGGGUUCAAUUGCCAUGCCGUGUACUAUUACCUCGUCUCCAACUGGGGUGACCCUGUAGCACUCGACAACUUCAUCUGGAGCAUGAAGGUUCAAAACUUCCUCACCGACAUCAUGCUACCGACAGUGCAGACGCUAUACGCCAUCAGAAUAUAUCGUCUUAGCGGAGGAAGAAAAUUCAUUCCGGGGAUCGUGGGUGUUGCGGUGGUCGCAGCAUGGGGCGUGGCGCUUGCCGCAGGGGUGCAAGUCGCGAAGAUCAAGACGUUUUCUGGCGUUCACGAUGCUAGGUGGGCGCUAUAUGCGUCGUUUAGCACAGCAACCGCGAUAGAUAUCUUGCUAUCCACCUGCAUGUGCUAUUACCUCCAAAUGGGCAAAUCCAUGUUCAAACCGACUAACUCGAUGUUGAACAUGCUUAUCUUCUGGGUGUUAAGCACGGGACUUCUGACCAGUGCUUGCUCCUUGGCCAUCGUGCUCAUCUACGCGAUCAUGCCCAACAACCUCAUCUACCUCGGCCUCGACUUCCUCAUCACCAAGCUCUACAUGAACUCCUUCCUCGCCAUGCUCAACGCCCGGAAAUCCAUCCGCAAGCGCGCCGAAAACUCCUCCCGGGGCGUGACCAGCUCCUCGGGCGGCGUCCACAUCGACUCGCGCUCGCGCGGCCCGAUAUCGAUCACCGUUACCCAGGACAAGUAUCGCGACGUGGACGUCAUCCCGCUGCACGGUCGGGGCCACUCGCACUCGACCACGGACCCAUCGCCGAUCGAGGCGGACGACAAGGUGAUGCCGCGGUUCAAGGUGCCCGGCGCGGCGCAUUUCCGCGCCGACGUUUAGAGUUGGGGGUUUGGAAACAUCGGGUCGCAGGGAGGAAAAGUAUUUUGGAAUAAAAUGUUAUAGUAUAUUUUACACAGACUAUGCGGAAAUGUUCCGUGUCCCGUUGAAGAGAUCGUAUGAGAUCCAUUGCCAGU